GUUCUCCGGGGGCAGCAUGAACCCAGCCAGAUCACUGGGCCCGGCCGUCCUGACGGGCAUCUGGGACCACCACUGGGUGUACUGGAUCGGCCCCUCACUGGGCGCGGUGCUGGCCGGCCUCUCCUACGAGUUCCUCUUCGCCUCCAGCGCCUCCCGGGAGAAGCUGGUCGCCUGCCUGACCUGCCGGGACAUUGACAUAGUGGAGACGGCCAGCAUGUCCCGCUCCUCCCUCUCCACUGCCCCCCAGGAUGCCACCCGGGCCAAGCCACCCCCCAAGGGGGAGCAGCGCUGAGUGGGUUUGGCCUCCCCUACCCCGUCCUGCCCCCCCAAGGACCCUCCAGCCUCCAUGAACCAUCCCCUCCUGUUGUGAUCCAGCCCACCCUCGCCCUCCUGCUAGCCCCACUGAGCAACCCCCACCCCUAGUGCUGCUCCAGCUCCGGUGCCAGCUGCACCCAGCAUACACUGGUGGGGGCAGGGGACGGGCAAGA